CUCGAACGUUGCGACGUACAUCGCGUAGGUGGUCGCGUAUUCCCGACGAAUCAAUUCUUUUGGACGGAAGGAUGAGUGUAUCCAGAUAAUUCAUGGUCGAUAAUGCAGCAUAGACGCGGCGCAUGUAAUUGGAUAUUAAAUUGAUAACGUCACCGUCUUUCCGACGCGAAUCUACCAUGCUCUCGAGGGACUGAAAGUUGGAUACGAUCUCUCGGACAACAUAAUGCAAUUUUGUCUGCAAUUCUCUCGGAGAUCCGGAAUUCUGUGCGUCAUGCUGUACGAUAGAUUUGUCCGUACAUUUCGUACUUAUUCGCGUAAUUCUUUCAACGAUGUGUGACAACAACUCUCUACUUCACACGUCUCUCAUCUUGAUGAAGACCGGAUACAAAUGGGUCAGAUGGUCCUCCUAUGCCGAUCGUAACAUGAUGAUCUCCAUCGGCAGGGACCUGGACGGUAUGAAUCUCGUCGUAGGUCGUGCCAUGCACCAGGGUGAUAUGCUGCCGGCGAAAGUGAAGCCGGAUCAUGGAGUUGCUUACGUUUGCCACGGAGGUGCCGAGCACAUGAAACAUGACUUUGAGGUAUUGAUGCCCGCCCAUUUUAACUGGAUUCGAGCGGGUCACGGUCACGUACCGGAACACGCGGUGGAGGCCGGAAGGACUGCGAACGGGGAAAUGCUCUACGUCGGUCGUACUUAUCACAAUGGUGCACCCUGCAUAGGAAAGGUUCAAAGAAGUCACGGUGUUCUGUACAUUCCGUUCGAUGGGAAGGAAAUACCAUACAGGGAGUAUGAAGUCUUAGUGCAGUAUUAAAUCCUAUCUAUAAUUAUUUGCUUAUAGAAACACUUUCACUUGGAAUCGUCGUGAUUGACAAAUAACGGAUGGUUUAUAAUUGUA